GAUACAAACUAAUUAGAUCAUACAAAACUGAUGCUGAUGAAAAGGAUAAACUGAACGAUAUAACUCAUCUUGUAUUUUUAGUUCAUGGAAUCGGCCAUAAAAUAGAUAAUAAAAAAAUUAUAAAAAAUACUUCACAAUUUCGGGAUUGCGUCAAAUGGAUAAAACAAAAAUAUUUCCAAGGUACUGAACAGAKGGCAGAGUUUUUCCCUGUAGACUGGAGAUCACAGUGUAGUUUUGAUGGAGGGUUAGUUGAACAGAUAACUCCAUUAAAUUUAAAAAACAUACGACAAAUAUUAAAUUCGUCAGCUAUGGACAUCAUGUAUUACACUUCUCCUAUAUAUGGUCGAGAAAUACAAAAUAGUUUGGCAAAUGAGCUGAAUAGGUUACAUUCAGAAUUUGUAGAACGGCACCCACACCAUGACUUCAAAGUGUCAAUAAUGGCACAUUCAUUGGGUAGUGUGAUUUCAUAUGAUAUUAUAACCGGAUGGGAACCAUUUAUUAAACGAAGUGACAGUAGUCCAAGAAUUCAUUUAAAUUUUGAGUUGGAAAAUUUUUUUUGUUUGGGUUCACCAUUGUCUGUGUUUUUGGCAUUACGACAAAAUGAAAUAUUUAAAGAAAACUUAAACUUGUUCCCAAUGUGGUUGGCUAAAAAAGUUUAUAACAUUUAUCAUCCUACAGACCCUGUUGCAUAUAGGUUUGAACCAUUAGUUGCGAGAGAUUAUUGUCGCUAUAAACCUGUUGGAAUUCAAGCCUAUGGUAUCAAAUGCGAUUAUUCUGAGGUUCCUUUUGAAUUAAUUGGAAACAUAGAUUCUAGCUUCGAAGAAACUAAUGGAACUGAAGCCAAAGCACCAGAUGUAAAAAAAGAAAAUGAAACAUUCAGCCGUAGAAUAAGUACUUGGCUUAAUAUGUCAAGCAGCAAUGAUAAUAAAGCCAAUAAUUCAAAUCAGUUUGAAGUUAAUACCUGUCCACUUUCAAGAAAUAGUACGCCAGUUGAAAAUUUGAAUCAUCGGUUAGAUUAUAUUUUGAGAGAUAGUAUCGGAGGGUCAGCCAGUAAUUAUUUGUCAAUGUUGUAUACACAUACGUCAUAUUGGUCAAACUAUGACGUAGCAUAUUUCAUCUAUACUAGAUUAUUUCCCGAACUAGAUAAAACAAUGGAUGAUUUUCUAAGACCUGAAGAGAAAAUCCCCAAUUUUGACUUACAAUUUGAACAAGGUAUUGAAGUGACUGAAGAUUUGAAACAUUCUACUUAAGAAGCAAAUUAUCAGUAACAUCUAAAAAAAAAUUCCCCAUGUCAUUUUAAGUCUGCAACAUUUUUAUUUAUUUAUACUAAACAGUUCAUUGUUAUAUAUUUUAGAUUAUGUUAACUAGAUAUUAGUUAACACCAAAUAUGUUCAAUACCCAAUGGUUAAUAUUUUAUAAUUUAUUGAUUCUUACAAUACUAUACAGGGUAAAUUUCCAUUACAUUUCUCAUCAACAGUAAUUUAUUAUCCGGUAUCUUAUUUUAAUCAUUAAUACUAUUUGUUUUAAUUACAUUUUCAUAUUUAUCAGAUUUUAAAUUUGUUUCAUUUAUAUUUUGAUAUAAAUAUGCUUCACACUAUUCUUUAUGUUAUCCCAAGGUAUAAGAAAAAAUAACUCAAUCUCGGAUGUGAUAUUAAUUACUAAAGAAUAUAAAAUAUUCUAUUGAAAAUAAACUAAAAAUUAAAUGUUAUUUGUGUAGUAUAGUUUUAUACCUAUUAUAAUGUAAUGUAAUGAUCGAUGUACGUCCAAAUAAGUGUAUCACAGUAAUUUAACAUUUUAUAUGUUAAGUUGUCUACUGUUUACGAUUCACUUUGUGUAUUAUUAUAUGUAUUUAUAAAUGAAACACAAAUUGUUAACUGUGUUGUGAUUUGUAUUAGUCGAUUAUUGUUAUGUGUUAAGUAGGUAUUAUAGGUAUGCACUAUUGUUUUAUUGUUUAUUAGUGAGAGGCCUUGAACAUUUCUAAUUUGUAUUUAUUCAACUAUAUUAAAUWAUUUAAUAGGGUAUGUGUAUUGUGCGCAAUAAAACAAUAAUACAAGUUAUUUUUAUAAAAAUGUAUUUAUUAUGCAAUGUUUAUACUAUAUCUAGUGUUGUUUCACCAAAUCUGUGUGCCCAUUAUUAGUCUUUUUGAAACUCAUAUAUAUUAAUUUUAUCAAAAUGUUUUUAUUGUAGUUAUAAUAAUAAUGUGUUUAGAAGAUUGAAGUAUAAUGUUGAUUAUUUAUUGUUUGAUAACUGUAAACUAUU